AUGUCCACGACGUCCACCAUGGCGGCCGCCCUCAUCACCGAUGCUCCUCAUCACCAUGCCCUGUCGUCCUCGAUCAAUACCAUCACCAUCAUCCCUGCAGCAAUCCCCGCGGAGGCGGCGACGACGACGACGACGACGACAACCACCACCACCACCACCACCACCACCACCACCACCACCACCACCACCACCACCACCACCACCACCACCGUCAUUACCAUUAAUGCCGGAUCGCUGAGAACAGCAGAGUGA